AUGGUGCCGUCUUUUGGAGAGUAUCCCCGGCGCUUCAACGUGCAAGAAAGCUUCGAUCGCUCUUUCCAGGAACGCGCCGGAAGCAUGGGAACUGUGAUGUUCGAAGAUGACCUGGCGAUCAGUGGUACUGUAGAAGCUGCGACUCGGGAAGAGGUCGAGCAGCGUUUGGCCAGGCUCCAGAGCCAGUCCCAGUCGCUACUUGCGUCAGCGGUAGCGGAGGCACCGUUUGCCAGGCUACAGCCGCUGCGCGGCAUUCGGAGCUCCGUUCCCGAAGAGGGGAAGAAGACCGUGCAAAAGAUCUAUGACAGACAGAAACAACGGCCGCACCGCGAGGCCUUUGAGACCGCGGCCCAGCCUAUCAUCGAGUCUCAGAUGUACACGCCAGAGAUUCUCAAAACAGAGAAUUUGACACGCUACUGCGACCGUUUGGUCGCCUUCGGCCUCCACAUGCCAGAGUUGCUAGACAGAUAUGCGGACAGAGCGGAAGAGCUGGCUGCACAGCUGCAGCCAAACCAGUUUGGGUUGAUUCUGAAUGCCUUUGCUCGGGCAUCUCAUCGGCAUGAGAAGAUGUUGAAAUCCUUCAGCAAGCGCAUGAUGCCUCGACUACCGCAGUUUGUACCUGCUGACAUCAGUCGGACUUGCGGCGCAUAUUCGAAACUGCGGGAGCAUGAUGAGGUGCUGUUCCGGCGGAUGGCCACUGAAAUGCCGCACAAGCUUCCCCUUUUUGAAGGAUUCCAGCUAGGAGUGGUUGCGAAUGCUUAUGCUCGCAUGGACAUCCGAGACGAUCUCCUUUUCGAUGAUAUCGCGGACGAGGUUCUUCGUCGACCACAUGAACUGAAUCAUGUAACCUUGCUCCUUCUGGCGAAUGCAUUUGCGCACUUCAAGAUUCGACACACUCGCUUGUGGCCGGUUCUCGCAGAGUGGUUACUGCAAGCGCAGUUGGACUUUCAGGCACAGGAUGUUGGCACAGUGCUCAAUGCACUAAGCGCCGUCGACUUUCUGGACGAGGCGCUUCUGCGAAGUCUUCUUGUAAGCCUUGCAGAGGAGCCACUUCUUUCAGAAGCCACGCCAGCAACGCUCUGUCUAGUCUUCAAUGCACUAGGUCGACUUCGACGGCCACAGUGGGGAGACGUCGAGGCGCUGCGCGCGGUGGCUGUGCUGUCGAAGCAAGUUUCAACUGGGUUGGACUCUCUUGGUCCGCCCAGCUUAAUGCAACUUCUUCACGCCUGCGCCAGAUGGAAACCCUUACGAUCCCCGGAUCUGUCAGAGGGCAUUCUGCAGAACGUCAGCCAGAGGAUCUCAGAGUUUCAAGCCCAGUCAUUGUGCCUCCUUGUGCAUUCCUGCUCUCGGCUCCAACAGAGGGAUGUGAGGUUGCUCACGCAGGUCGCCAAGGCCAUGGCGCCGCAGCUGUCUCAAUUCACACCCCAGGCUCUGGCACUAACAGCUCAUGCGUUUGCUAGGCUGGAUGUGCGAUCCGAAAUCCUUUUUUAUUUGAUGGCGGAGGAGAUCGUGCAGAAAAUGCCUCUUUUCUCUGGUCAGGGAGUGGGCUUGACGUUACAGGCCUUCGGAAAGCUGCAGAUCAAGAACCAGAAGCUCGUAAGAGCUUGCAUCAAGCAUGUGCGGGCUCUAUCGGAGGAGCUGACUGUUCAAGAGGUGGAUGCCAUAGAAGCAGGCUUGCAGCAGCUCGAAAUGCUUGAUGGUUCAACAGAUGCCCUUCUGCGCAGCUUGCGGCGAAAGCUCAUGAUGCAGGCAGCUUAUUCUCCAGAGGAUGACCCGUGGGAAGCAUCCGCCGAAAGUUUGCUGCAACGCUUGUCCGAGGACGCCGAGAUGACGGUAGUCAGAGCUGACUCCCGCGAGUCCAGCGGCGCCUUGCCGAAGCAGACAUCCGAAGAUUCGGUGGAGGAGUCUCCCGAGCGCAUCCAGUCUGAUGGUGGGCCGGCAGACCUGUGGGCCUUGUGGUCGUCACAGCCGCAUAGUGAGGCUGUCGAAGGAGCCUCUCCUGGAGACGUUGCUUCCGAGACUGCCGGGGCUGGUGCGACGCCCCGGGCGAAGCUGAAGGAGUACCUGUCAAGGCCAGCUCAGAUCGGCCGGAAGACGAUGGUAGUCGGGGAGUUGCAGCGUGGGCGCAAAAGUGGGCGCAGACAAGAUAAGGCCGUCUAG